UAGAGCUCUCCCCACGAUGGGAGUCUGGGGGAAACGCUGUCGUGACGGAAAUUCACUGGUCUAUCGUAACCGUAGAAAGCCUCGCGUUGCAUCCAUUUGAUAUCAUACACGUCAGUGAUAGGCAAGCGUUAGCUGGCGCGUACGAGCGCGGUGACCGAUCGCGACGGACGUGUCUUGCAAGUAUUUACAAUUAAGAAAGGGUCAACGGUGCGCCUGUUUAUUCCCUCCCGACGCACCUUGCAUUCGCGUCUGUCAACUGGCCCUGACAAACGUUAGUCGACGAGGUGACAAUCGCGCGCUACCUGACAAUUGUCAGUAUUUUGUUAUCGCGCCGGAGGAAGGGGGAGAAAAUUGUCGAGGCAGGCAGAGAAGCGACGCCGACAGCUCGCCUCCGCGAUUUUAACGAGUGACGUGCCGAUUUAUUCUCUGACGCGAGCGAGGCCAAAAUGGCAGACGACAAAAGUGAUGACACGCCGGGACGGGAUUCCGAGGGCAAGCUGGACCCGGCGGAGGAGAGAUCGCGGUAUUUCAAAAAGCUGGAAGAAUGGCUCCAGGAGGCGUACGCUUGGCAGAGAGUCGCCGCGAUGUUUCCCUACUGCAUGAUGUCGGGGCAGUCCGUUGCGAAUCCGAUACUUGCAUCAACGCCCUUCCAACCGAAUCAGGUACCAGCGUCGUCUAAUACGCAAGGGGUGAUAACUGGAAAUGUAGACAGACAAAAUGAGACGGCGAGGCAAAGGAGGCCACAGGAGCAACCCACGGGACCCGUCCAACCUCCAGGAACUGAUGGCUAUGAGUAUCGAAUUCCUCCGAUUUGGAAGAGGUUCGCAGCAGAAUUUAUAGAUUCGACAAUGCUAUUUCUUCUGAAGUUUUCCAUUACCUUCAUCGCAAUCGACGUCUUCGACUUUAUAGACAUCGAGGACUUAGAUUUAUUGCAAACAAAUUUACGUAUUGAUUAUAAAAUGGCUCUGGAGAUGACUUAUGGAAUUCUGAUUCUAGAAGUAAUUCAUCGCGUGAUAGUUUGUAUCUUCGAGGCCUUUUGGCUUCAGCACGGGGUGUACGGUCUUAUCGGAGGCGCUACUCCUGGCAAGUAUAUGAUGGGUCUACGGGUGGUUCAGUGCCGAAGUAUAACCCCCGUUGAACGUCCGAAUGAGCCGGAUAUGGUCCUGGUGAGCCCUGGAACUGACCUGGGUCUGCCAUUGGCACUGGGCCGAUCAAUGGUGAAGAAUUUCGUGCUGGCGUUUAUAUUCCCGAUUUGCUUCUCCCUGUUCUUCUUCCGGUUUAACCGAACCGGCUACGACCUGAUCUGCCACUCCAUCGUCAUAGAGGACCCCUACAGAAAUAACAAUCGGCCACACCAGGAGUAGUCCGUCUGAGGGAUGCUGCAUGGAAUUCUCUCUGUGAUGUGUACAUAUAUGUACAUUAUAUGUGCUUCUUGUACCAAAUGCAUGCAGGUUCAUGUGUAUGGCAUGUAUAUACGUGUAUAAAAAUAAAAAUUAUUAUUGCGGCUAGAAGCCGUGUUU